CGCCGGCGCCGCUCCUCCGGCGGUUCGGAGCUCGAGGACCUCGACCUGGCCAUGUUCGAGACGGACGAGGCGGCGGAGCGGGCCGCGCGGACGGCGAUGGAGACAGGAGCGCGCACCGCCACCCAUCGGAGGGAGAAGGAGAAGCUGAGCGUACUGAAGAGGCUCGUCAAGAAGUCUAAGUCGCUGCACGCGCUGGUGCGUCCGGGAGAGGCAGCUAGGCAGGCGGGCGCAGGGUCCUGCGAAGGCGAACUCAGCGAGGACAAACAGGCCGAACAUCCCACUGGGCAACAGGACGGAACGUCAGAUCGGCCGGUGCGACUGGGCCACCUGGGCAGCCAGCGGGUGCACGACGACGGUGUGCCGCUGGUCAACUGGCAGCCGUUCUUCUGCGUGCUGCUGCAGGACGAGCAGUCGCUCACGGCCUACCGCAGCGAGGAGAUGGCGAUAUUUCCCGUGACACCCACUCGGCCGAGGACGAGGAAGGUUGGUGGUGGUGCAUGA